GCAGUAUCAUUUACAGGAAGUAUAGUAAAGCGUGCCUACAGUCAAACCGCCAGUCGAACAUUUUCUAAAAUGCUUGUUUUGUUCGAAACACCGGCGGGUUACGCGGUAUUCAAACUAUUAAAAGAGAAAAAGCUAGAAAAUUGUGACGAUUUGUUCAAAGACUUUGAGACACCCGAAAAGGCAAAGAAACUUUUGAAGUUGACACAUUUCCACAAGUUCGAAGACACAACUGAAGCCCUUCGGGCCGCCACCUCCUCUCUAGAUGGAAAGGUAGACAAGAGUUUGAAGAAAGUCAUAAAGAAGGUGAUAGCUAAAGAAGCUCAGGAAAGUUUGGCCGUUGCUGACGCUAAACUUGGAAAUUGUAUAAAGGAAAAAUUUGACAUUAAAUGCAUCUCAGGAACUGCUGUUCAAGAACUAAUGAGAUGUAUUCGUACCCAAAUGGAUUCGCUUAUAGAAGGAAUAACUAAAAAGGAGAUAAACGCUAUGUCUCUUGGUUUGUCACACAGUUUGUCCAGAUUCAAGUUGAAAUUUAGUCCGGAUAAAGUUGAUAUUAUGAUUGUUCAAGCUAUAUCAUUAUUAGAUGAUUUAGACAAGGAGUUAAAUAAUUAUAUGAUGAGAGCAAAGGAGUGGUAUGGGUGGCAUUUUCCUGAAUUGUCCAAGAUAAUUACAGACAACGUACUUUAUGCUAAAGUUGUAAAACAUGUUGGUGAUCGAGUGAACUGCUUGAAGACUGAUUUCACAGAUAUUUUGACUGAUGAAUUGGCAGCUGAGGUUAAGAAAGCUGCUGAAAUAUCUAUGGGAACUGAAGUUACUGAAGAAGAUAUUGACAAUGUUAAAAGUUUAUGUGAACAAGUUCUAGAGAUAAAUGAUUACAGGGCACAGUUAUAUGAUUACUUGAGUAAUAGAAUGAUGGCAAUAGCCCCAAAUCUAUGUAUCCUUGUUGGAGAACUUGUUGGUGCAAGAUUAAUUUCUCAUGCAGGAUCUUUGAUCAAUCUUGCCAAACAGCCAGCGUCUACUGUGCAAAUUAUUGGAGCAGAAAAAGCACUUUUCCGUGCACUAAAAACUAAGCAUAACACUCCAAAAUAUGGUCUUAUAUAUCAUGCAUCAUUAGUCGGACAGACAACAGCGAAGAAUAAAGCAAAGCUAUCAAGAAUGCUGGCAGCUAAAGCCGCUCUAGCAACCAGAGUUGAUGCUCUUGGAGAGGAUGUUGGUCAGGAGCUAGGUUUAGAACACCGAGCCGCCUUAGAAAAAGCUAUAAAAAGAAUAGAAGAGGGUUCAUCUACUACAGUAAGUAUUUUCUCCUUUCUAAGGAUUUUCCUUUAUUAAAUGAUUAGAUUAUAAAGUAGUGGUCCGAAAAACUAUGAGGACAAAUAAUUUACAAUGACUUGAGCUAUAAAAGCUCAAAGGCUAUUUUAAUCGAAAUCUUAUUCUAAAGCCAUAAAUUCUUUAUUAUAGGGAAAACGAUUGAAAAACUUCCAGGAUGGCCCACCAGCAAAGAAGACGAAGUUUAAAUAGACUGACUAAAUUGUUUUUUUUUUAUUAUCGUUUAUGUUUUUAUGUUUAUUGUAUGUUUAGUGAGUUAAAGUUGUUUUUUUGCAUUUUACGAUGAAAUGGAAAACUAUAAUAUAUGAUAAAUUAGUAGUCUGUCAAAAUUUCAUUCCAUCUUCUUUAGUAAUCAAAGUUAAACCAAAAAUUCAUAACAGAUAUAACAAUAGUUUAACAGCCAAAUUGACUUUCUUCAACAUUUUAUAAGGUUUAUUGUAUAUAACAACUGAA